GGGGGGAUGGAGUAUUUUUCUUUUCAUUUCGUUUUCAACCAAGCUGCCAUUCUGGAAGAGGGGAAAGUAGGGAAAAUAAGAAUAAACUGAGAAGACCGGUGUUUGGAAGUCAAAAUUCACUGACAAUUACAAACACUGAUUUCGUUGAUUCUCCCGAAGCAACUGAACAUCAUGCCAGUCAGAGUGCCGGAGUCGUCGUCGUCUACCCCUUCCCAUGUUCCUGGUAAUGCCGGCUUCUUUUUAAUCUACCGUAUUUAACUAACUUAACCCUAAUUUGAAGUUGAAUUCAAUUUGGAAAUUUCAUUUCGUUUGCCAUUCAAUUCGUUGUCGAAUUACUGUUCUCAUUUUCUAUAAUUUUUCUGCGAAAAUAUCAAAUUAGUAUUCUAUGAUCCUAAUUUUAUAUUUACUUCUUUUGAAUUGGAAAUUAUGGAAGGUGAGUAUCUGGAGAAACGUACUCUUCAACCUUGUACGCUUCUGAGUGUUGGACAGGUGAUUUUCUGCUCUGAUUGUUCCCUUUGUCACUAAUACAUGUGUAAUUCAUACUUGUUCAUACCUGGGCGUAACAUUUCUGGAAUGCAUGCUUACAUGUGUGCCUGCUGGGCACAAAUUAAGAGAUUCCUCUAGUUGUUGUUGCCUUAAAAAAUCUAUCUGUUGUCUGAAAUUUCCCAGUUUUAACCACAUUCAAUUUUCCUUAUUACUUUAAUCAUGCUAUUUUUGGAUGAUGUGUUGCUGCAGGCUUUCUCUGGUACGCAGAAUGUAUCCACUCUUCAAAAGGAUGAAGCUUGGAGAGUAAAUGUGCGGAUUCUAGGCUGUGAUUUGGAUCAUGGGUACUUAUGUGGAACAAUGGAGGCACUAAAUGUUCCUAUGGCAGACACACCUGUAAUUACUUUUUGGGAAGGCGAGAUUGUUGAUUCAAAGAACUAUACUUUUUUCACAAGCAAGUGGGGAGCAACGUCUGAGGAUGACAAAAAACAUUGGACAAAGUUCCCAUCUUUUUCUCCGCUUCUUAGCCAAGUGGAAAUUGAUGGUGGAAAGUCUUUGGAUUUGAGUAGCUACCCAUACAUAUUCAUGAGAUGGAAAGAGCAAUACUUUGUGAACGUCGGAACUGAUUGUGGGCUCACAAUUGCUGGUUUCUAUUAUGUGUGUUUUUCCUGCAGUGAUGGCUCUGUCAGUGGCUUCUAUUAUGAUCCUAACAGCAGUCCAUUCCAGAAGUUGGAAUUGAAGUCUGUAAACGAGGGCAGAUCUGGAUUCAGUUUUUCAUCAUAUGAAUUGCAGUGACUUGGUUGUAUCCAGAGAUUGAUGUGUAAACAGUAAAGGUGGUCGUUAUCUCAUCAAGUGUUGAAUUGUAGAAAUGUAACACUGGUGGUCGCGACCUUGUAUGACAUCAAAUUGCGUAAGUCCUUAGUGCAAAUGAUGAGAUGUGCUUUCCCAUGUGAAUAUUAUCUCGAGGAUUCCUGGUUCUGGAAUUGUGGAUAUUGGCAAAGUUGCUUGACUUCUUCAUUCACUUAAGCCUAACAUUUGUCUCUAAUUCCUCUUAGUGGCUGCACAACUUACAGCAAGAAUGCAACUUUUUCUCAAAAUAUGGUAGUUUAGAAAGUUCCUGAUUUGGAAGUGUUAUCGAGUUUGACUUUUGUUUUGAAAUUGAGUUGCUGCUAUUGUUUGGACUUUGGAACCAUUUAAACACAUUCCAAGACCAUAUAUUUUUUUUCUACCGGUUUCAAGUUAAGUGAAUAUGUGAAUAAGCAUGGAGUAGCUGUCUCUUAGAAUCAACUUCAACAUUGUUACGCAAAUUGUCCUGAAAAAACACAAUGUCAAGGCGAUUUAUG